UCAUCACGAACACGUUACAAUUAGAUUAUAUGCUCUUGACUCCCGCCUUAUCUUGAACACUAGGACCACAGUUUUAUAUGAAGGUCUAUGUCGGGGUGAAGCCGCCCUGAGAGCUCUUAUUUCAUUGAAUAUCACCGCACCGUCCGCUCGCUCUGGGCUUCUUAGUCGUUCCCGGUUUAUUUUUGGCAAUGUGAUUAGUCUACUACCGAUGUUUACGAAGCAUUUUUUUGAUAAUUCUAUAAGAAAUAUGAUUGAAGUGCUCUGAAAACUGCCAAGUCGCUUAUUUUUCAUAUCAAAACGCAGACUUUUCAUAUAACGCAGACUGCUAGGUUCAGUAGAGGUGAUCAAAUACAAAAAAUUGCAAUAAAUAAUACAAUGGAACAGUGUAAAGAAAAACUUUAUCCAAACUGUGACAACCAAGUCUGGCUGCGGUCUUGUGAAGUUGAAGUAAAUGAGCCGAUAACUGGCGAAAUUACAGGAGAAUUUCCAAGAUGGGUCCGAGGAAGCCUACUCCGUAACGGUCCCGGGUCUUUAAAAGUUGGCUCAAUGAGAUUCAAACACCUGUUUGAUAGUUCUGCAUUACUUCACAGGUUCAAUAUACAGGAUGGUCAAGUGACCUAUCAAUGUCGCUUUCUACGGUGUAACACCUACAAUAGAAACAUGGCCGCGGGUCGUAUAGUUGUCACUGACUUCGGCACUCAGUCCGUACCAGACCCUUGUCAUUCGAUUUUCGACAGAUUUGCUACGCUAUUUUCUCCAGGCGAAGCUUUGUCAGACAACGCUAUGAUUUCAGUUUACCCUUUCGGAGACGAAAUGUAUGCUUUCACAGAAGGACCAGUCAUUCAUAGAAUAAAUCCGGUGACGUUGGACACUAUGGAGCGAAAGAAUCUUAUGGAUAGUGUCGCUCUUGUGAACCACACCUCCCACCCUCAUGUUAUGUCUAAUGGUGACGUGUACAAUGUCGGCAUGUCUCUUGUUAAAGGCCGACUUCGACACGUCGUUGUUAAGUUUCCAUUUAUGGAAAAAGGAGAUAUGUUUCAAAACGCAACCAUAGUAGGCAGUAUGAAACCUCGCUGGACAUUACACCCGGCGUACAUGCACACAUUUGGGAUAACGGCCAAUUACUUCGUCAUAAUUGAACAGCCCCUGUCCGUGUCAAUAUGUAGGCUGGUACACAAUCAGCUCAGGAACCGGCCUCUAGCCUCCAGCCUGAAGUGGUACCCGGAACAUAAGACGAAUAUCGUACUAAUAAAUCGUGAAACUGGUAAAGAGGUGAAGAGGUAUGAGACGGAGACACUAUUUUUCCUCCACAUCAUUAACUGUUACGAGAUUGCUAACAAACUGAUAGUAGAUCUGUGCUCGUACAAGGACGCCAAAAUAUUGGACGCCAUGUACAUCCAAGCUAUUGAGACAAUGCAAACUAACGCAAAUUACGCGGAUUGGUUUCGAGGGAGACCUAAGAGAAUUGAAAUAGACCUGAAUGCGCCCAUUCUGACGCACUUCAAGCCGAGCUUGUUGGCCGAUUUGGGCUGCGAGACACCCAGGAUUCAUUACGAUGUUUAUAAUGGUAGACCUUACAGAUACUUUUACGCUAUCAGCUCUGACGUCGACGCUGAGAAUCCUGGAUUGAUAAUAAAAGUCGACACAGUCACCGGUCAAACUCAGACCUGGUUUGAUAAUAACUGUUAUCCGAGCGAGCCCGUCUUCGUGCCUCGUUGCGACGGAAAGUCCGAGGACGACGGUGUUCUUCUAACCGCUCUGGUGAAGGCUGACGACUCUCACUCAGUCUCCCUGGUAUGUCUGUGCGCCGUCACCUUAAAGGAGCUCGCUCGGUGCACCUUCACGACACCGUCUCCAACUCCUAAGUGCCUUCAUGGGUGGUUUCUACCCGACGUAUAAUUUUAUUCAUAACUUCAGAAAUCUAUUAAAUUGUUAUUGUAAAAAUGCAUGCCAUAUUUUAUGAUUACAUCUCAUUUGUUUUAUGAUAAUUUUUAAACCCCUCGUUAGUUUUAUUGUGAUUUAUGUAUAAUGUUUUAUAUAAUGUUAAGUUAAACGGUUUUCUAUUUGUUUGUUGUGAAUGUUUUUACUACAAAUAUGAUGAAUUGAUUACCUAGUAAAUAAUAAAACAAAGAUUAAGUUGAAAAUAUACAUAUGUAUAGUGGUAUAAGCGAAGUAGUUUAUACAUGUACCAAAGUUAUCUCAUAGAAUGACUUGUUAUUGUAAUUUUUAUUAUAUAAAAAGUAAAAAUUUUAUUUAUAUUCUGAAUUUAAAUAUGUUGGUCGACAGGAGGUUAGAUACAUUUGGAUGAUUUUUAUGUUUGAAAACAGAAGACGUCUUCAAUGAGGUUCAAUAGCGCUGUGACGCGGAUUGAGUAUUGAGUGACCCAUGUUAUCUGUAGAAUGGCUUAUGUUUUGAUUCAUUACAUCAUUCGAUUAACCUGUGUGAUAAAGUAAAUAAACGACAAACAUACCCUUUGAUUACUAUGGCAAAAA